AUGAUCACAUUGAAAUGUGCCUCUGAUUGUCUUGCAAGUAUCCCUGGCUUAAGUUUAGAGGUUACAUUUGUGUUUGCCUCAUUAGCAACAAGCCUCAAAGACAAUAUCAUUCUUAUGCAGCCAGCUACAUACCACAUAUGCAAGCCACCCUUAUUUCUUCCUCCUAGCAUUGUUGCUUUUCUCAGUGCUGCCUGCAAAUUGUCACCAGCAUCCAUGAAGAUGUGUUGGGAUGUCCUAAAGAGUAGUGUCUGG